AGGAAGUACCAGAGGCUGGGCAGUCGUUGUGGGUGAAUGAGCAGAGCAGUGUGGCUGUCAAAAAAAAAAAAAUAAAAUAAAAUAAUGAGUGUACUGUAAAUCAGUGUCUGUCAGAGAAACGGUCCCCCUUCUGUCAGCGCCCAUGGACGACGCCCAGGGACAACACAACCGCAUUAGGACCAAAUAAACCCGACGGGUGAGGCUUCGUUCCCUAGCUUCAUCCCCUGGUGGACCGUUCACCUAUGAUGGAACGGGCGAUGGAGCAGCUCAACGUACAGCUCAACCGGCUGACCCGUUCCCUCCGCCGGGCCAGGACCGUGGAACUCCCGGAAGACAAUGAAACCGCAGUGUACACACUUAUGCCAAUGGUCAUGGCUGACCAACACAGGUCAGUGUCAGAGUUGCUGCUCAACUCCAAGUUUGAUGUGAACUACGCCUUUGGACGGGUGAAAAGAAGUCUGUUGCAUAUCGCUGCCAACUGUGGGUCAGUGGAGUGUCUGGUUCUGCUUCUAAAGAGAGGAGCCAACCCAAACUACCAGGACAUCUCAGGCUGUACCCCUCUGCACCUUGCUGCUAGGAAUGGACAGAAGAAGUGUAUGGGCAAACUAUUGGAAUAUAACGCUGAUGUCAACAUAUGCAACAAUGAGGGACUGACUGCUAUCCACUGGCUGGCAGUGAACGGACGGACGGAGCUGCUCCAUGAUCUGGUCCAGCAUGUGUCCAAUGUGGAUGUGGAGGAUGCCAUGGGGCAGACAGCUCUACAUGUAGCCUGUCAGAAUGGACACAAAACUACGGUGUUGUGUCUUCUGGACAGUGGAGCUGACAUCAACCGGCCAAAUGUCUCUGGAGCCACGCCUCUUUACUUUGCUUGCAGCCAUGGCCAAAGAGACACGGCACAGAUCCUGCUCUCUCGAGGUGCCAAAUACGUGGCUGACAAGAAUGGAAUCACUCCUCUGGAUCUCUGCGUGCAGGGUGGAUAUGGGGAGACCUGUGAGAUUCUCAUCCAGCACCACAGCAGACUGUUCCAGACCCUCAUACAGAUGACACAGAAUGAUGAGAUUAAAGAGAACAUGCUCAGGCAGGUUCUGGAGCAUGUCUCUCAGCAGAGUGACAGUCAUUACCAGAGGAUCUUGACCAGUCUUGCUGAAGUGGCUACCACCAAUGGACACAAGCUACUCAGCCUGUCCAGCAGUUAUGAAGCUCAAAUGAAGAGUCUGCUGAGGAUUGUUCGUAUUUUCUGCCAUGUGUUCCGCCUGGGUCCUUCAUCACCCAACAACGGCAACGACAUGGGCUACAAUGGCAACAAGACACCUCGCAGCCAGGUCUUUAAGCCAUUGGAGUUGCUGUGGCACUCCCUGGAUGAGUGGCUCGUGCUCAUCUCCACAGAGCUGGACCGGAACAGGAAGAAUCCGUCUUCGUCCUCCUCCAGCAGCGAGAUAGCCUCUCUGCUUCUCAAACAGCGGGAGGUUGACCACUCUGGCUCCACACCAAAGCUUCCCUCCUUGCUGGACCCUCAGAUCGUCAUGGAAACAGAGGUGUACGCUGACGGGGAGGACGUCAUCUCCAUGACAGCCAGUCGGCUCAGUGCUGUGAUCCAGGCCUUCUAUAUGUGCUGCUCCUGUCAGAUGCCACAAGGAAUGACGUCCCCUCGCUUCAUUGAGUUUGUCUGCAAGCAUGACAACGUGCUCAAGUGUUUUGUAACCAGGAAUCCAAAGAUCAUCUUUAACCACUUCCACUUCCUCCUGGAGUGUCCAGAGUUAAUGUCACGCUUCAUGCAUAUUAUUAAGGGCCAGCCCUUUAAGGAUCGCUGUGAGUGGUUCUAUGAGCAUCUGCUGGCCGGCCAGCCAGACUCAGACAUGGUUCAUCGUCCGGUCAACGAGAAUGACAUCCUCCUCAUCCACAGAGACUCCAUAUUCAGGAGCAGCUGUGAGAUGGUUUCCAAAUCCACAAACGAGAAGCUCAAACAGGGCAUUGCUGUCCGCUUCCAUGGCGAGGAGGGGAUGGGUCAGGGUGUGGUUCGGGAGUGGUUUGACAUCCUAUCCAAUGAGAUCAUCAACCCAGACUAUGCUCUGUUCACUCAGUCAGCUGAUGGUACCACUUUUCAGCCCAACAGUAAUUCCUCAGUGAACCCAGACCAUCUGAACUACUUCCGGUUUGCAGGUCAGAUCCUGGGUUUGGCUCUGUACCACCGACAGCUGGUGAACAUCUACUUUACCCGCUCCUUCUACAAACACAUACUGGGUAUCCCAGUGAACUACCAGGAUGUAUCGUCCAUCGAUCCAGAGUACGCUAAGAACCUGCAGUGGAUCCUGGACAACGACAUCAGUGAUCUGGGUUUGGAGCUCACCUUCUCUGUAGAGACGGACGUGUUCGGGGCGAUGGAGGAAGUGCCACUUAAACCGGGAGGGACCAGCAUCCUGGUCACCCAGGACAACAAGGCCGAGUACGUACAGUUGGUAACGGAGCUGAGGAUGACACGAGCCAUCCAGCCGCAAAUAAAUGCCUUCCUACAUGGAUUCCACACUUUCAUCCCCCCCUCACUCAUCCAGCUUUUCGACGAAUACGAAUUGGAGCUCCUGCUGUCAGGGAUGCCCGAGAUCGAUGUGCAGGACUGGUGUAGGAACACUGAAUACACCAGUGGCUACGACCCUCAGGAGCCAGUCAUCCAGUGGUUCUGGGAGGUGGUGAAGAGCCUGACCCAGGAGGAACGGGUUCUUCUGCUCCAGUUUGUCACUGGAAGUUCCAGGGUUCCUCAUGGUGGCUUUGCUUACCUGAUGGGUGGCAGCGGUUUACAAAAGUUCACCGUUGCUGCAGUGCCCUACACCUCCAACCUACUGCCUACCUCUAGUACCUGUAUCAACAUGCUGAAACUACCAGAAUACCCGAGUCAGGAAGUCCUGAGAGACAGGCUCCUGGUAGCUCUGCAUUGUGGGAGCUACGGGUACACCAUGGCGUAAACAUCAUAUCAUCAGUUCCUGCAACUGUGAGGGAUCUGCAGACUCAGGCAACACUCCCUCUUCCACAGACACUCUUUUUGUAGUCAGGCACUGCCUUUGACAAAAAGGAAAUCCAGAUUCUUAUUAAUGAGCUGCUGGAAAGGCACAACAGACUGAACGGAGGCCACAGGCUCUGGAUCUCCAUUCUUACCUGUGCCAGAACUUCUUUUUUUUUUUUUUUUUUUGAUGAAAGUUGGUAUCUGGUAACUUAUGCAAAUAAUAAUUUAAUAUCUUUAAAUUUGACUAUUUUCAUGCAUACAUUUAUUUAAGAAAAAAACUGCAUUUAUAAAAUGAACUCUCUACUUAAAACAAAGGAUAAUAUUCACAGUAAAACAUAUUAAUCCAAGCUCACUGAAUGUCAAAUAUUGAUUCAGUUUAAGGAAAUUUCCAUAUGGAAGCUGUAUAGAAUUGAUCAGUUUCAAACAUGCAAUCAAUCAAACUGCAUUAUAGUCAUAUCACAGGCUCAGAUUUCUUUAAAGGGCCUGCAUCAGGCCCACAUACCAGCACACUGGUAUAAUAAAAUAGGGAGAUUGACACAGAAAUGACUGAAAAAUAACAAAGUCUUAAGCUUACAUUGAGGCAAAAACAAAAUUUUAAUUUGUUUUAACAGUCCUUGUCCUUUUACUUUGGUUAACAAAAUAAGCCAAACUUUUCAGAUGCCCCAAUGUUAAAAUACAUGGUGUCCUGCUAUAACAGCCUCCACUCUUCUGGUUUAACAGGCUAUCCUGAACCUGGCUGCAGGGAUUUGCUCCCAUUCAGCCACAAGAGACAAGAGCAUUAGUGCAGUCCAACACUGAUGUUGGGUGAUAUGGCCUGACUUGCAGUCGGCAUUCCUGUUCAUCCCAAUGCUGUUGGAUGUAGUUGAGGUCAUAGCUGUGUGAAGGCCAGUCAAGUUCUUCCAUAACAACCCGGGAAAAACAUGUCUUUAUUGACCUGGCUUUGUGCAUGAUGACACAGGAAAGGGCCACAAACAAACUGCUGACACAAAGCUGGAAGAAUACUAUUGCCAAAAAUAUCAUUGUACCUUGUAGUAUUAAAUUUUACCUUCACUUGAAUUAAGGCGCCCUAACUAGGAGAAAUACAUCCAGUUCAGAUGUACAUUAAAGCAUGGUCACAGUUGUGUCCAAAUAUUUUUGGCCAAAUAGUGUACAUAAAACACAGUAUUGAAGUGCAAAUAAUACUAAUUAUAAUAAGGAUAAUGAUAAUAUCAUUAUCCUUAUUAUAAUUAAUGAUGAUUAAAGUAAUCAUUUAGUGUAUUUUUAUUUUAUUUUAACUUUACAUUAGUGUCAACUUUGAGCACUUAACUGUUCAAUAUGUAAUAAGUGCAUGGGGGGAAUUUCGAACCCCAGCUGGAGUGAUGACUUGGUGUCAGGUCUACCAGCCAAUACUGUCCAGUCUGCCUAGCUCUGCUCAAAAAUGGUAUGCUUGUGUAAGUGUUUCCCUAUGAAUUAAAAUUGAACACUUUUUUGUGUGUAGAGAAAUAUAAGCUGUAACAAUUGUGCAAAUUUUUUCACUUUACAAAAGAGGACCGUUUAUAACAUAUUUGUGGAAAUGGCGUCUAAGGCUCGAGGUAGGAGACACACUGUCAACCUCUGUGGUUUGCUUCUUUGUGGAAGAACGUAUACAGACACUUGUCCACAUUGCUUUAGCUUUCAACCAUUGGUAACUUCAGCAGUCUGCCCCUUUACAACAUUCAAAAUUUGGGAAGAAUCAAAACUAGGUAGGCUAGCUUAUGCGCUAGUUAGCCUAGCUCGAUAACUUCAUCAGUGAUUCCCACUGCAAGUUACCAUUACCAUGUUUGUCCUGCAUUAUAUAAAGGAGGGUGUUAAUCCAGCGUUAGCUGUCUCUCUCAUAGGUUCACCUGUGGUGACAGCAAAUGACCAGACCAGUUAUCCCAUGAGGCCAAAACUGAAUGUUAGGCUGCUGGGCAUGAAGUGAUAUAACAAACUAUUUUAGAGUCCUCCCCGGGCCAUAGCAGGAAUUAAGGACACUUGAACUUCUAAAAUCCUGUCUACGGUCUUGUGCCUGCCCACACAGAUAUUACAACAAUCAAAAUACAUUGAAGACAUUGUCAGUUGGUAAAUUACUGCAGGGAAAUAGGUUAAAACAAAUGUUUUUCUUUUUUUAGGUAAUUACAAUUUUUACCAAAUAGGACACAUAUCCAAAUUAAUUCCGAUGAAAAAUAUUCAUUUAGUUAUUAGCAAAUAUAACGUUUGAAUAAGUUUGACUUCAGUGUACCUUAGACCGGGCUUACCUAGCUGUGGUGGAAGAUAAACUGUUUGCAGAAGAUAAACUGUAGACUAAAUACAUUGAUUUAGCUGUCGGAGAUACUGUAUGGCCAAGGUGUUUCCCAAUUGGCUACAAUCCUGCCUUACCACACUCCUCCAUCAACUUAGCAUAAGGUGCAUGUGUCAUAUGGUUUACUGUGAAAUUCUUUGUCAUUUUUGAAGUCACUAUUUUGCCGUCAUCUGUAUUUUUCGUUCAUGAAUAGCAAUUUUCUUUAGUGAAAGCUUUCUGUUUAUAUUUUUCCCUGUUUAGUAGACUUUUAUGCGGAACAAUACAAUGUAUCUACAUAUCUACAAAUGUUUGGCUUGCAGUGCCAAAAAGUAAGAGCUGGAAUUGUUUUAAAUACAUUCUUUUAUUUGUAUUUUUCCUACACAAAGAUGCUGAAAAUGUUUUAAUUCUAAAAAAAAUGGGGAUCAUGUCAUGAAUGUAUCUGCUAGCUUAGUUUUCCUUCCUUCCAUUUGUAAAGGGAGUGUACAUAUUGAUUUAAUACAUUUUCCAGUUCAAGUUAAUGGGAAAGUGGUCUGAGACUUUUGCACCACACUGUAUGUAGAAUCCCAUUAUCAAGCAGUAUUGUUUCAAUGCCUCACCUAAAAGCUUUUGUAAACACAUUGUUGUUUAUUGAAAAUGGAGCAUUUAUACAUACUUCUGUUAAUGUCUUUGGUAUCAAAUUAUGUAGUUUACCAUAAAUAUGUGUUGUACUUUGAGAUUUUAUCCAAUAAAACUUGUUUUUACA